CGCCUCGAAGACAGACCCGUGUCGACAGUCUACCUAUCAGGAACGUGUUUUUUUUUUCCAUCCCUUUUUUUCUCUUCUCCCUUUUCCGCGUGUCUUCCUUUUUUUUUUUUCUACUCACUUUAUUAUCAUCUUCAAUAAUAUCGUAAAUUCGACGUGACAGAUAUAAAUAAGUGUUAAGAGCGUGCGCGCGUGUUCGUUCGUUCGGUAUCGCUAAUUCGCGUCUCGAAGGUUCUUUUUUCUUCUUCCUCUUCUUCUUCCUCUUCUUCUUCUGCUCUCUUUCUUUUUACCCUUUCCUUUCCUUUUUUCCCCCCUCCUUUCCUUUUUCCUGUCUCUCUUCUUUAUCACUCAAUUCCUAAGACUAUAUUUACCGUGUGACCACGGAUACAUCUCAAAUUCGUAAAGAGAGAGAAAAAGAGAGAGAGAGGGAGAGAGAGAGAGAGAGAGAAAGAGAAAAAAGAAAGAGAGAAAGAGAGAGAAAGAGAGAGAGAGAGACAGAGAGAGAGAACCUUCGAAGUGCUAUCGUGUGAUAGAGACAAGGUGAACGUCAAAAGAAGCAGAGUAAGGUGCCGAGUGGAUAUCACGCCAAGAUGGGCUCGUUCGGGAUCGGCACAGCCGCAGCUGCAACUGCGGGACUGAUAGUCAUGGCGAUGUUAAGCAGUGGUCACGCCGCAUUGGCAAGAACAGCGUUCGAGAAAUUAACUGAUUACGAUUACCGAGGUACGACUUAUUACAGUGUUAGAAAUUUAUCGCUUUACGAGUGUCAAGGUUGGUGCCGAGAGGAAGCUGAAUGCCAGGCUGCAGCUUUCUCCUUCGUAGUAAAUCCUUUAGCACCGAUGCAGGACACUCUUUGUCAAUUACAAAACGAAACGGCAGCUACCAAUCCAGCAGCUCAACCUCAACGUGCUGUGAACAUGUAUUACAUGACGAAACUGCAAAUCAGAUCAGAAAACGUAUGUCUCCGACCAUGGUCCUUCGAACGUAUACCAAAUAAAAUGAUUCGUGGAUUGGACAAUGCACUCAUUUAUACAUCGACGAAGGAAGCCUGUCUCGCUGCCUGUUUGAACGAACACAGAUUUACCUGCCGAUCUCUCGAAUAUAAUUACGUUACUCUUCAGUGUCAUCUCAGUGACUCCGAUCGACGUACCACCGGGCAAUACGUUCAAUUUGUCGAUGCUCAGGGUGUCGAUUAUUUUGAAAAUCUUUGCUUGAAGGGAAAAGAAGCUUGCAAGUCUCAAAGGAUCUUCCAAAUUCCUAGAAUCGGUGUUGCCGAUGACAAAGUCGCUCAAUACGCUGGUCUACAUUAUUAUACCGAUAAAGAGCUUCAAGUUCAAAGCGAAUCUGCAUGCAGAUUGGCCUGCGAAAUUGAGAACGAGUUCCUUUGCAGAUCGUUCCUUUAUCGUGGCGCACCUCAAGGAUCGGCUUAUAAUUGUCAUCUAUUUCAUUUGGAUCAUUGGACUCUUCCCGACGGACCUUCGACCUAUCUUAACGCUGAAAGACCACUGAUCGAUAAUGGUGAACGAGUUGGAACCUAUUUCGAAAACUUUUGCGAGAAAGGCACCGGACCACUCGCAGAUCCGCUUCCGGUCGUCUUCGAAACUACAGAAGAUCCUACGGUGAAUAAUCUGACAAGGAACGAUAUCAACUGCGAUAAAACCGGCACCUGCUAUGAUGUAUCUGUCGAUUGUAAGGACACACGUAUAGCCGUUCAAGUUCGUACAAACAAGCCAUUCAAUGGUCGUAUCUAUGCCCUCGGACGUUCUGAAACUUGCAAUAUCGACGUUAUCAAUAGUGAUCUCUUCAGACUCGACUUAACGAUGAGCGGACAGGAUUGUAAUACGCAGAGCGUGCGUGACGGUUUUCAGACUGGCAUCUACUCGAACACAGUGGUACUCCAACAUCAUUCGGUGGUCAUGACAAAGGCUGAUAAAAUCUAUAAGGUGAAGUGUACUUACGACAUGUCAUCGAAGAAUAUCACUUUCGGGAUGAUGCCUAUCAGAGAUCCGGAAAUGAUUAGUAUCACCAGUGCACCCGAAGCACCACCACCAAGGAUACGCAUUCUCGAUAGCAGAUCAAGAGAAGUGGAAACCGUAAGAAUCGGAGAUAAAUUGACGUUUAGGAUCGAAAUACCUGAAGACACACCUUACGGAAUCUUUGCUCGCAGCUGCGUUGCUAUGGCCAAGGACUCGAAAAGCACCUUCCAAAUAAUCGACGACGAAGGAUGUCCAGUGGAUCCCUCGAUAUUCCCGAGCUUCACGCCAGACGGUAACGCCCUCCAAUCGGUCUACGAAGCCUUCAGGUUCACGGAAUCUUACGGUGUCAUCUUCCAAUGUAACGUCAAGUAUUGUCUCGGACCAUGCGAACCGGCUGUUUGCGAGUGGGGACGUGAAUCCGUUGAAUCGUGGGGCAAAAGACGUCGAAGGAAUGUCAUGAAUGCUACCGAAGAGAAAGCUGAGGACAUGACUCUUUCUCAAGAGAUUUUAGUCUUGGAUUUCGGUGAUGAAAAACAAUCAGAUUUCCUCAAAAGCGAUGCCAGCAUAGACUUCAACGAAGCAGACAAAACCGUGACCAUCGUAGAACCAUGCCCGACAAAAACAUCGGUACUCGCAUUAGGAGUCACGUGUGCUCUUUUGGUUCUUAUCUACAUCUCUACGAUCUUUUGCUACUACAUGAAGAAAUGGUUGUCACCGCGGAAGAUGAUGCCUUGAAAAGACUCGUUUCAUACCUGCAAAAACGAAUAGGACAAAGGACGAGUACGGGGAAAUGUUUUUAUACGAUAUACACAUAUACACAACACAUAAGUACACUUUACCUUGCGGCAAUAAUAUCAUACAUUAUACGAAUAUCUCAUACGCGUGAGAAGUAUCACGAUGCAAAAUCGGCGAUAUUUGUCGAACGGGACAAAGAGAGGAAAAAACAAAGAAAAGGAAAAAAAAGAAAAAAAAAAAAAAAUACUGAAAAAAAGAAUUUAAAAAAAAGAAAAAAAAAAAAAGAAAAGAAGAAGAAGAAGAGAAAGGAGGACUCGUCGAACCUAAUCGCUCUGUCUUAAAAUUAUUCACAUAUCAUUGUUUCAUCGACGAUUUUGAUACCUGCCGAUGGCAUAUAGGAGAUCCAUACAAAAUGUCAUGAGGUCGUAGCACGCCGUAACACGCGCCGACCUCUUUCAUCAAUAAUAUUCAGUGACACUAAUUAUAGAAUAAUUUCGAAGUAACGUUCAACGUAUCGGCUACCAUUUUGCUCAAUACGGUAGAGUCACAAGACGGGACAUUGUGCAAUGUCUUAACGACUUUCGAUCCUGUUGAUGUGUUACUCAAGUACACUAAUUUAAGAAUCUAUCCUUCCACGUUCACAUUCAUGCUCGCGCAUAAACAUAGUGUCGUAUACGUUCAUAUACGUAUUUAUUGAUUUUAAUUGAUGAGCGAUUAGAUUCGAUAAGAAAAGAAAAAAAAAAAAAAAAGAAAAAAAAAAAUAA